UUUUUGGUGUCUAUGGUUGUUUCUCAGGCCACGGAUUCACUGGGACGUUUUCUCUUGGUGGAUUAUCCCCGAAUCCUGCACUAUGGGGAAACGAGACAAUCGUGUGGCGUAUAUGAAUCCUAUAGCCAUGGCUCGUGCCAAGGGCCCUUCAUCUUCUGGAGGUCCUACGAUACAGGAUUAUCUAAGCAGACCAAGGCCUACAUGGGAAGAAGUAAAAGAGCAGUUGGAAAAGAAAAAGAAAGGAUCACGAGCAUUGGCUGAGUUUGAAGAAAAGAUGAAUGAGAAUUUCAGAAAGGAGUUAGAAAAACAUCGGGAGAAGAUGUUGUCCAGUGGUGAAAAUCCUUCCAAAAAGAAAGAGAAACGAAAAAAGGACAAGAAGAAAUCUGGUGGGUUAUCUUCAUCAUCUUCCCCUUCUUCAUCAAGUUCUGAUUAUUCCAGGAGUUUUGAUGAUUCAGACAGUGAGAGCAAGAAAAAAUCAAAACGUAAGAAGAAGAAAAAAUAUUCACGGAAAUCUUCAGACAGCUAUUCUGAUUCCGACUCUGAAAACAAGGACAGCAUUAAAAAGAGGAAGUCAAAAGAUGACCAAGAUAAAGACAAGGACAGCAAAGGCGUAAGCAGGAAAAGAAAAAAGGUGGAUGAGGAACUUAAGCACUAUUCAUCUGAAUCUUUGUCAAGAUCGGAAUCCGAGGAGGAGGGGAAUGCAAAAAAGAAGAAAAGUAGUGAAGAUAAAACUGAUAAAGCCAAAAAGAAAAAGAAACAUAAAAAGCAUAGCAAGAAAAAGAAAAAGAAGUCUCUUGCUCAAAGUUCAGAUUCAGAGUGACUCUCAGAAUAAUAAAUUCUUCCCAAAUAUGUGCAAUGACAACACAGACUGUGAAAAGCCUGGCAUGCAACAUUGUUUUAAAUCUACAUUACAUUGUAAUUAUUUUUCCAGUUGCCUUCUUUAAGCAGGACGUUAUUAUAUUCUCAAAGUAUAUAUGUUUUUAGAAGGGAUACUAGUGAUAAAGAUUCUUACAUCUUUACAGAGCAAAGUUGGGUGGAUCAUUUGAACUUUUAUUUCACUUUUUGCUUACGUUUAGGGUAGUUUGUCAUGAUCGACAGUUCUAUAUGUGCAACACUGUUAAAGGGACACUAAACCCAAGUUUUUUCUUUUAUUAUUCAGGUAGAGAAUACAAUUUGAAACAACAUUCCUAUUUACUUCUAUUAUUUAAUUUGCUUAAUUCUUUAGAUACCCUUUGCUGAAGAAAUAGCAAUGCACAUCGGUAAGCCAAUCAGACGAAGCAUCUAUGUGCAGCCACCUAUUAGAAACGACUAAGCCUAUCUAGAUAUGCUUUUCAGCAAAGGAUAUCACGAGAAUGAAGCAACAUAGAAAAUAGAAGUAAAUUAGAAAGUUGUUAAAAUUUCAUUCUCUUUCUAAAUCAUGAGAAAAAAAAAAUGGGUUUAAUGUCCCUUUAAGGAUAGCAUGAAUUCCUUAAAGAGUUCUGGAAGGCAAGAUUAAACUUUCAUGAUUCAGAUAGUGUUACGUUUAAUAAAACUUUCCAAUGUAUUUCUUAUAUCAAAUGUACUUCUUUCUCAUAGUAUCCUUUUGUUGAAACAUAUCCCCUUUCCUUGAGAACAUAUAUAGUGUGCAACACACGUGUAUGAGAAUACACUUAUGCAAAGAAGCCAAGUUGCAAUAAAGAAUACAAAGUAAAAAAAACAACUAAUCUGAUAUCAGAAUUGGAUUUUUUAAAAAAUGUGUAUAUACACUGUGAUUCAUGAAAGUUUAAAUUUGUCUUUAAUAUCCCUUUAAUAUUUUUUGUUAUUUUAUAACCUACAAAACCAAAACAAGCAAGCCACAAACUCCAUAGAAAUGGUGAUUUUCAUAAUAAUGACCGAUGUGUAAGCAAUAAGAUUUUGUGUAAGCAUAAAAUUUUGUAGGGAUUACUUUCUACUAGUUUAAUGGCCAAAGAAAAUGUACACUAAAUGGGUUGUUUUUCAAAGUGCCGUAUAAGAUGUUACAUGGGUGAUACCAGCUUGCAUUAAAAAAAUGUUUAGCUUUAAAAAAAAAAAAUAAAAAAAAAAAUAUAUAUAAAAUGUAAUAACAUGAGGAGGUAUGCAUAGUUGUACUACUUGUCUAUGGCCUGGAACAGUCUGAGGGGGUAGAGUGUGACUGGUGUUUUACAUGAUGUGGUUUUAUUACAGAUGUCCUCUCUGUAAUCUGCAUGCAUUAUAAUCCCAACCAGUGUAAUAAGGAUCUCUUUCCCCAUGGAUAUCCUGAGGCCAUGACUUCUCAUAUCUGGCACUUAUAUAGCAUCCAUUUGUCUUACACUUGCCUGGGGUAUGCUUGAGGGUUUGUUCAGCAUUAGAAAGCCCAACGUGACUGCAGUGUAAUGACAUUCCCAUUCCUUCAGGUUUGUCAAGUCUGCUCAUAUGACAUGUUGCACUAGAACAUUCAUUUUUGGUGUUGAUUCUCUGACUACUAACAGUCCUGGGUUUAGAGCUAUUCAUACUUGAAUACGGAGGUGUCGUAAAAUAUGCUUUAAUUGUCUACAUUGGGUACUUACAUAUUAGCUCAUUGAUGGUUUCUGAUGGCUGGUAUUUGGUAAUCAAAAUAUCCUCCCAAUAAUUGUUUUAUUUGAAAAAUUCAAAAUGGCUUGCAGUAGUUUAACUCUAGAUAUGUAUCUGCAAGAAUCAUGUAGUAUUAGCACCAAGUACGUGGGUUUAACUAUAGAAUAAUUUCCAGCACACAACUAACUGGUCAGCAUUCACUCAUUGUUUUUGUUGAUUCUUAAAGAGUCAUCGGACUGAUUUGUAUAGUUUGCAUGAUUUAGUUUUUAACUUGCUUUGCAUAGUACAUGUAUAGAGUAAGUUAGCAGUAGAGCUAUUUUAAUUAAUUUCAUGCACAUGUGCUAAAUCUGUUAGCAUGUAAAAAACCUGUUUGUUUUGUAUUAUUUUUUUAAAUAUAUAUUUAACAGCUUCAUAUUGAAGUCGAUAUAUAAGGUUCAGUACCAGGUCCAUUAUGAAAAUGUGCCCUGUUUUAUUAAAGUGAUUUAAGAAACUAAAUAAAAGUGCUGUUUAACACUUA